AUGGCAUCGCUCUCGUCCACUUUGUGCAUAACAUGGAUAUGUCUGAUCUGUCAUUCGAUGGGAACGGGAUUUAUUUACCAGUUUCCCGGCGUGACUGUACAACGUGUCAACUCUGAGCAGAGCGUGAGCACCGGUUCACCAGGCAGCGGAUCAAACACCCAGCUCAGGUGAGUGCGUCAUUACGGACAGAGAGGAUCUAUAGCGGGGAUGGUCAGGGUUUGCCAAAUAACAUCAUUUAUUUACAAUGUCACCAUAUGAAGGGUAAUGUCAAAUGUUUGACUAUUGAUGAUCCGCCCUAUGGGGAAAGGGGCAAGAGGUGAUGCUUUCUAUUACUGUAUGAUUGACAUCUCCUACAGUUGGUAAAGAGAUAGAUUAUUGGAAUGAGGGAGAAGGUUUUGGAGUGUUUGAGAACCUUACUAAAAGGGUAGUAGUCAAUGUGACCUGUAUUAGAUGUUAAGAUAACAAGAUCCAUAUGGUCUGUCUGUGAUUACAGGAACUGGUGCCAGUUCACAGUGUCGAGGACGGUGACAUGCCAGGUGCGCAAUGGGACAGAGACCACAGUCCAGAGAGUUUUCCAGGGCUGCCGCUGGCCAGGACCCUGCUCCAAACUCAUCAGGUAGGACUGGACCAGACCACCCCAGAGUCCUGUUUUGAUAUAAAUGCUGUCUUAUAGUGUAUAUAGCAGUACUAGUGAUGAUGAUGAUGUUCCUGUGUUGACCCUGUGCUCUGUCAGCUAUAGGACCAUGGUCAGGCCGUCUUACAAGGUGGCGUAUCGGCAGGUCACUGCUCUGGAGUGGAGGUGCUGUCCUGGGUUUGUAGGAGAUGAAUGUCGAGAA